ACACCCGGGGGCCCCGACACCCCCAGUUCGGCCUCCUCGGCCCCUCUGCACGCACGCGCAGUCGCAGAGCUCUUCCUGCGAAGAAGCUGCGGACACUCAGCGGCGGCUGCGUCAGCGCGUGUGGCCGCGAGAGGGCCUCGAACGGCCUCACGUCACUGUGUGCGACGGCGCCUGCGCCGGAGAGCAUGCUGCCAGCCGCGCGGCGAGGUCUGGGCUUCGUACGGCUGCGGCUCCUUCGGGGGUGGCCUGGGCUCACGACCUUCUCCUUCCUGCGCGGCCUUGUGCCAGAGCCUUUGGAGACAGCCCGGUCAGUGUGUUGCGAAUCCUCCCCUAGAGACGCACGGGAUGGAGAGGGACGGCGCGAAGCGUCACGGAGGAAAGCUCCUGGCACAGAGUCGCCUCCGUCUCUCCCUCCGCGCGUCCGAGGCACUGGGACCAGACGUCUUUCGUCGCUGGAAAGCCUCAGACUGCCGACGCCACGAGAGGAGUCACCCCCUCAAGAGCGCGAGGACUCGAGCGGAGACCAGGGCCAGCCCGGUCCCGCUCACCGGGGAGCCGGGGGUCCCUUGCCGCCCUCCCUGGCCCAGUCCGGGACCGAGGUAGAAGAGCUUCAUGGCUCCUCUUCCCGGUCGACUUCCAGAGAGGGGCCCUUUCGCGCUGGGGAGCUGAUCUUAGCCGAGACGGGGAAGAGAGAGACACAAUUUAAAAAAUUAUUUAGGUUGAGUAACGCCGGACACUUAAAUAGUAGCUGGGGGACAGUCCCGUUCAGCGAGAUCGUGGGGAAGUUUCCCGGCCAGAUACUGAGGAGUUCCUCUGGGAAGCACUUCAUGCUGAGGAGGCCGGCGUUGGAAGACUAUGUAUUACUGAUGAAAAGAGGGCCUGCCAUAACAUAUCCGAAGGAUAUGAAUAUGAUACUGUCGAUGAUGGAUAUCCACCCAGGUGAUACUGUUUUGGAAGCUGGCUCAGGCUCUGGUGGAAUGAGCUUAUUUUUAUCCAAAGCAGUGGGAUCACAAGGACAAGUCCUCAGUUUUGAAAUACGAAAAGACCACCUUGAAUUGGCUAAGAAGAAUUAUAAAAACUGGUGUGAUUCAUGGAAAAUAAGUCAUGUAGAAGAGUGGCCAGACAAUGUGAAUUUUAUUCAUAAGGAUAUUUCAGGAGCAACUGAAGAUAUAAAAUCUUUAACAUUUGAUGCGGUUGCUUUGGAUAUGUUGAAUCCUCAAGUUGCUUUGCCUGUUUUAUACCCAAAUCUUAAACAGGGUGGUAUAUGUGCUGUAUAUCUAGCAAACAUCACACAGGUUAUUGAACUUUUAGAUGGAAUUCGCAUCUGUGAACUUGCUCUCACAUGUGAAAAGAUAAGUGAAGUUAUUGUCAGAGAUUGGUUGGUUUGCCUUGCAAAACAGAAAAAUGGAACUUUACCUCAAAAAGUAGAACCUAAAAUCAAUACAGAUUUACAAUUACAUUCUCAAAAGAAAGUUAGCAUUGAAGAUGAGAUGUUUCAAGAGGAUGACCAUGAAGAAUCACAUUCGGAUUUUCCAUAUGGAUCAUUUCCCUAUAUUGCUAGACCUAUACACUGGCAAACUGGUCAUACAGCAUUUCUUGUCAAGCUGAGGAAGUUUAAACCACAACUUAACUGAGUACCUCAGAGGGUAGCAACUGAUGUGAAGAAGGAAAGGUAUCAAAAUAGAACUUUAUAUUGCAAAACACUACUUUCAUAGAUUGAAAUUUUUUGCUAUAUGAUUUGUAUAACUUUUACAUAUAAUUUCAAAAAAUAACAAAAGCUGAAGGAAAAUGUGUAACAUUUCAAAACAAUUUAAAUGUCCCAUUUUGACACUUGUCUUGUAGUUUGACAUUUUGUAGUUAAUGAUUCCAAGUUGGUUUAGUUGAGCCAUUUCAUUCUUCACUUCCUGUAAACCACUCCAUAGAUUUGUCUUUCUUCAUAAAAUUAGUUUUCUUUUCUUUGUCUGAUUGAUGGUCGUUGGCUACCAAAAUAAAAUACGCAUUUUAAGAUAAA